AUGACUUUCACCCCCGAGAUCCAUACCUUUCACUCAGGAAAAGCUCAACCUGAGGGUUCCUCAUCCUCGACGUUCGUCUCUCUGGACCCCAGCACCUCGAAGCCGCUCGCGACCAUCUACACAACCACUCCAGCGCAGCUCGAUGCGGCCGUGGCCUCGGCUCAGGCUGCGUUCCCUAUCUGGUCCCAGACCCCGGCUACCAAACGAUCUGCCAUUCUCCUCAAGGCCGCUUCUAUCCUUCGCGAGCGAAAUGAUGCCCUGGCGCUGACCGAGACCCUCGACACUGGCAAGGCUUGGAGCGAGACCACAACUGUCGAUGUUGUCACCGGCGUUGACGUCUUGGAGUACUAUGCUCACAUGAUUGCUGGCGGUAGCCCAGGAGAGAAUACUCGCCUAAGGCCCGAUGCUUUUGUCCUCACCAGCCACGAGCCGCUUGGUGUCUGCGCUGGUAUCGGUGCCUGGAACUACCCCAUCCAGAUUGCUCUCUGGAAGUCCGCUCCCUGCCUGGCAGCAGGAAACUGCAUGGUCUACAAGCCUAGCGAGGUCACGCCGCUGCACGCCAACGCUCUGGCACAAAUUUAUAUCGAGGCUGGCGUGCCUCCAGGUGUUUUUAAUGUUGUCUACGGUGACGGCCUGAGCGCUGGCGCGCCUCUGGUGGCGCACCCUGGCAUUGCCAAGGUCAGCUUCACCGGCCAGGUUAGCACCGGUAGUAAGGUCGCCAGCCAGGCAGCCAAGGACAUGAAGGGCAUCACAAUGGAGCUGGGAGGCAAGAGCCCGCUCCUCAUCCUGCCUGACGCUGAUGUCGACGAGGCUGCCGACAUCGCAAUGAUGGCAAAUUUCUUCUCCACCGGCCAGGUGUGCACAAAUGGAACUCGGGUAUUUGUUCCUGACGUCCUGCAAGCCAAAAUUGAGCAGGCUCUGAUCAAGCGUUGCCGCGAGGGCAUUCGUAUGGGACUACCCCGCGACGAGAAGACGAAUUUCGGGCCCGUCGUCAGCAAGGUCCAUCAAGAAAAGGUCAGGAUGUACAUCCGACAUGGAAAAGAGGUGGACAAAGCUCGCGUGCUCUACGAUGGAGCCCAGGAUGCCCAAAGCCAGAGUCCCACUGCCGAAGGCUAUUGGGUUCCCCCCGUCAUCUUCUCGGACUGCACUGACGAAAUGCGCGUCGCGAGCGAGGAGAUAUUCGGCCCCGUCAUGUGCAUUCUGCCGUACACCACCGCCAACAAGCAGCAGGGUGAGUGGCUGCCAGAGCUGAUUCGCCGAGCCAACAACACACCGAUGGGGUUGGCUGCUGGUGUUGCGUCGUCUGAUGUGGGUUUGGCCCACGAUGUGAUCCGCCAGCUUGACGCCGGCAUUACCUGGAUCAACACAUGGGGCGAAUCUCCAGCUGAGAUGCCCGUCGGCGGCUGGAAGAUGAGUGGUUUGGGGUUGGAGAACGGCAUCGAGGGCAUCCGGGCUUACAUGAGAACCAAGAGCACCCUUGUGCAAUUGGGCAAGGGCGCAUGCAGCGGUGUCUUCUCCAAGCUGUGA